CUAGGGGUUGAAAAUUAGUGUACGAAACGCCGCGGUAAUGGAAAGAGUGCUUAAGCGUGUGGGGCUGUCGAAAAGAACAGAAUCCGAUGUUACAUCGCAAAACGCCAAUGCAACCAAUGACGGGAGCAAAAUACGAAGACGCCGAAGAAGCAAAUCACGCCGACCUCCCAGUCAGGAGAACAAAAAAACAAGAGGUCUAUUUAAUAUUGAUUGGGAGUCUGUAAAGGAUUGUAGAUCCUGUAAAUCUCGAGCUAUCACGAGGAAAUUCUGCAGCAAGAGAAGCGACAAUGAACUCUACAGAUCCAACAGUUUUAAAUUCGAACGUUUCAUCAGAGGCAACGAGGAAUCAUCAACUUUGAGUGAAAAGAUUGCUGUUUGUGACGAAUACAGCCUGCCAGCAGAUCACUUGCAAAAAAAACGACCAAAUAGUAUCGCAGUUCCUAGUCUAUCUGAAUGGAAUCCUUCCAGUCCAAACGAAGAGAAGAUUGAGAUUUUAGAGACAUACUCGAAUCCUCGAGACUCCAGACAACAAUUGAGUCAGGAAGAAGACACUAAAUACCUUACAAGUCCAGAUAGGGAGUAUUCCCAACCAUACACCACAGAAGGAUCAUCGGAACCUUCUUCCGAUGAGGAAUUCUUCGGUCACCAGAUAACAAUCACCAAACACAUCAACCUAAACUCCCCAGACAGCAUCACCGAAGGCAUCUUUCCACAACUCGGAAUCAAAUCACCAAUUAAAGUAGAGGCCAAGCGCCACCCCUCUCCCUACUACUACGGCGACCUCUUCAAAAACAGAUCCGAGUCACCUGCGAAGACCGACGUUAAGUCGACAAAGAGCCUAGAUCAACCCGCCAAGCAGCAAUUAUUCCCGAAGGUGGCCAGAGAUGUGCUGACCACCAAAUCGCAAAACAAUCAAAAGAACAAAACGUCCCAAAAGAAGUACAGGAAGUGCGCGAGUCUACAGAGCGCGAAUGCGAGGCAGCUGAGAGCUAGAUCGAGACAGAAGUACCAGAAGAGUUCUAGCGUCGAUACCCAGAGUACCGAUUCUAGGGAUGUGCCCCACGAAUUGGUUAUGCCACCUAAUAGAUAUAUAUCACCAUGUGACUGUAUGACCGCCGAAUAUGGACUAGAGGACGAGAUGACACGCCAAAGACAUGUCUACGAAACGGCCUUCGACUGUCGCAUCAACAAGUCAGACGAUGAUCUGGACCAGAUAGAUCAGGUCUCGAAUCAUCCUAUUCUCCUUCAGCUCAGCGCAGUGAAAGAGAUGAGAACAAGCAAUUCCGUCGAAAAGAACACAAUUCACAGCAGGAGGAAUGUCUCUCUGCAUUGUCCAAAACCGAGCCAAGUUGACAAUAAUAUCAACAACCUUUCUCAAGAAAUACAGAAUAUUCACAUACACGAAGAAGGGAUAUCCGGUACCUCUGGAGUCCUCUCUUUGCCACUUAGAGGAUUCACCCCAUCGCCUCCGUCCACUGCUCCGUUGCCCACCAAGUUCCACGGCAAAGAGCUAGUGAUGAAUAGCAUCCGAAGUGCUCCAAACCUUCCCGCGCAUCAGAAAGCAAGACUCAAAGACCUUCAUCUACCUGUAAAAUCCCUCAGAGGUAAAACGAACACCAGCAGUAGCGGCAGCUUACAAAUUCCCGGUAGUGCUUUCGAAAUAGAAUUAGGUAAAACAAAUAUCAUAGCCGAGUUCAAAGGUAGGCCCAGCCAUUCCAGAGAAAAUAAACAGGAAAGAAUAAUGGAAAUCAAGGACCGGCCAAGAAAGGAGAGUCUACUGGCGAAAAGAGGCAAGGAAAAUGGAAAAACAACCCUCCUGGAUUUCAGGGGUAGAAGGCCCAAAUACUCCAGCACUGAAAGCAUGACCACCAGCAGCAGUGGCGGUAGUAUGGAGAGCAUCAAGAGCAGUACCAGCGAAGGCAACAGAAGCACCACGAGCUCUGAGAGUCGACACUCCUCUUCUCUGAGUUCCCAUAGUUCAGAUUCGGCAGGAAUCCCGAAGUAUCCGAUCAUUCAAACUUCCGCAUUCCUAUCGCAAUCGAAUAAACUUCACAUUCUGAGUCCUAUUUCUGACAAGUCGUCCCAAGAACCAAUCUCUGAAACUUCAGAUAACAACAGGAACAACAAUUCCCAAAAAUGUUCGCCGGAAGAAGUAGUCUGCACGCCGGAAGUGCUGAAGAAUAAGAGACGACUUCCGCAAAAUAAAAAUUUACUCAAUCUGGGCUUUAGGAUAGGGGAUCCCGAAAUCCAAGGAUCUGACAGCGGUAUAUCCAUACAAUCUAGGGAAGGAAUAAAAUCCCGAUUUGGUUUCACUUUGGCAGAAAUCAAUGUUCCAAGUCAGCCAGAUCUCUCCGAUUUACCUUUCGAUAUGCCCAAAUUGAGAAGAAGAAGAUUGAUUCCAACCCAGGAUGCUUGUACUUCUGGAAGUGCAACAUCUGUAGAUGUUCGAGAUUUACCGUUUGAUAUGCCGAAAUUGAGGCGUAGAUUAAGGAUACAACAGACCAAUAAUGAAUCAGUGUCACAGGCCUCAUCUAGUCAAAGUGUUGUGGAAGCCGAUAGAGAUGGAUCAUCGUUCAGACCAAACCUCACCCUCAACCUAGGGGACUUUAGCAAUCGUCAAAGACCAUGUCUAGGAUUGGCGCUUAUGGGUCUGAAUCUCAGUGUGAACAAUCCUUCUUCCCAAAAUUCAGACCAGGUUGAUACUAAUUUGCCUUUGGAGAAACAAGGGUGGUUCCAUGGGGCUAUAACAAGAAUUGAGGCUGAAAAUGUGCUGAGACUUUUGGAAGAGGGCAGCUUUCUAGUAAGGAACAGCGAAUCUGCCAAACAGGAUUAUUCCUUAUCUCUCAAGAGUGCGAAAGGCUUCAUGCAUAUGCGAAUUCAAAAGAGUGAAGUUGACGGUUGUUACAUUUUGGGACAAUUCAGCAAACCGUUUGCCUCUAUUCCCGAAAUGAUACGUCACUUUUCUAUCAAUAGACUACCAAUCAGAGGAGCUGAACAUAUGUGCUUGUUGCAACCAGUUAUUGUGCAACUAUUAUGAUAAAUUUCCUGAAUUUUUACGUAAUACACCAUCCGCCAUUGGUACUGUUUCAAUUAUAAUGAUAAUUUGAUACGAUUAGAUUCGAAGAAGUUAUAAUAAUAUUACGGAUAUCCCUAGAUAUUCCAAAUGUGAAAUUUUGGUAGAAAGUAAAUUGCAUCCUGCGAAGAAUACCUCAAAUUCUUGAAUGUCAUACCAUCGUCGUUUUAUAAAUCAACAUUUUAUUCGAUUAAGACAAAUUUUGUAUUUUUCACUUCUGAAAGGAGUGUUUCACUUUGUUUAUUAUAAUUGCUUACAUAUCAUAGUUGAUAUUCUGUUCGUUAUAUCUGUGCAAUAUUUUGAGGACAAAUAGAGUUAAUAAUUGGAUAGGUUGUUGUUCUAGUUGAAUUUUUGUUUUUUCUUGAUUAUACGUGGUAUUUUUGAAGAGCUACAAACUGAAUUGCCAAAAUAAAAAUGACUGUGAAUAAUAAUUUAUACUUAUAUAUAAUUAUAUUAUAUACAUCUCAAUGUUCUGUUGUAGUAAAUAGGAAGUGUAGUGAUUAGGUAAGUGUUUUAGAUUUAGUAUUUUAUGAAGAAAAGUGCAGCAAAUAUAAAUACUAUUUCGUCACAUUUCACUCAUAUUAAUACCCAUUAUAAUAAUAUAUUCGAAUUAUUUUUAAUAAAAUAUAAUUUACAAUUUCCAAGAUAUUACAAAAUAUUAUCGGUAGGUUGACUUUACAUCCAGAUGAUUUGUUUAGUCUAGAACUUUGUGAUGAAUGUGUUAAUAUGGGACUGAAUAAACA